UCAGUGUGUGGCGAGCCUCAGUGCGGGUGAGAGCACGGCGCCGGUCUCUUUUAUAUUAAGAUGUUCGCCUGCUCUCAGCUCUACAGACGGUUUAGCACCUCCCAGGGGCAUAAAUCCAUGGAACUACCUACCUGGCGAAGCCAUAAGUGCCAAAACUGCUGAACGUUAUAUCCAGCUGGAAAAAUCUAAGACCAGCAGGGCUGACUAGGAAGUGACUGAGCUUGCUAGACAGAAUGAGGGUUGCUAUCAUUGGACAGUCGACAUUUGCUGGGGAAGUAUAUAAACAGUUGAUGAAAGAUGGACACAAAAUCGUGGGAGUGUUCACAAUCCCUGACCAGGGCAACCGAGAAGAUCCUCUUGCAACUAUGGCAUCAUCUGAUGGUGUUAAAGUGUUCAAAUUUAAGUCUUGGAGAAAGAAAGGUGUAGCGCUUCCAGAAGUGCUCGAACAAUACUUAUCAGUGGACCCUGAACUGAACGUGAUGCCAUUCUGCAGCCAGUUUAUUCCCAUGGAGGUAAUCAACUAUCCCAAGAACAAAUCUAUUUGCUACCACCCAUCCAUCCUGCCCCGCCAUCGUGGUGCAUCCUCUAUAAACUGGACUCUGAUGUGUGGAGAUAAGAAAGGAGGAUUUUCCAUAUUUUGGGCUGAUGAUGGUCUGGACACGGGACCUAUCCUGUUGCAGAGGGAAGUGGAAGUUGAUCCUAACGACACUGUUGAUACGCUUUACAACAGAUUUAUGUACCCAGAGGGCAUCAAGGCAAUGGCAGAAGCAGUUGGCAUGGUUGUAAAUGGCAAUGCUCCAGUGAUUCCCCAACCAGCAGAAGGAGCCACGUAUGACCCUAUGCUCAACAAAAAAGAACUGUGUAAAAUCAACUGGGAACAGCCUGCUGAAAAUCUUCAUAACUUUAUCCGGGGUUUAGAUUCAUCUCCUGGAGCAUGGACAGUAAUGGAUGGGAAGGAGGUAAAGUUGUUUGGUUCAAAGAUGUUCACCGGAUCUGUGGGAGAGGGACAGAAUGUUGAAAUUGAAGGGCUUGCCAUACCUGGUAUCAUUCACAAGGAUGGACUACUUCUGACUGGAACAGAUGGAAACAAGGUAAAUGUAUCACGCAUAAGUGUCGAUGGUAAAAUGAUGAAUGCAGCUAAGUAUGGUGCAGCAGUAGAAGCCACGGAAGCAGUAGAGCUGACAGCGGAAGAACAAGAAAUAUCCAAUCAGUUGAGAGAUACUUGGAAGGCCAUUUUGAAUAUAGAAAUUGCUGAUGACACAGACUUCUUCAAAUCUGGAGCUGGCUCAAUGGAUGUUGUCAGGUUAGUUGAGGAAACCAAGGAAAAAGCUGGAGUUUCUCUAGAAAAUGAAGAUGUGUACAUGGCUACUACAUUCCAAGAAUUUAUCCAGGUAAUGGUUGUAAAGAUGCGCGGAGGGGACACUAAACCAGUGUUUGAGUAUGAUGCUGUCAAGAUGCACGUCAACAAUAUGGAUAUUGAAUUCCCUCACCAGCUCUUCAUUGAUGGCCAGUUUAUUGAUGCUACAAGUGGCAAGUACCUGAAGAGCAUUAACCCUGCCACUGAAGAGCUCAUAUGUGAUGUUGAUGCUGCAGGAAAGGCAGAUGUUGAUAAAGCUGUCGCAGCAGCUAAGAAAGCUUUCUAUGAAGGGCCAUGGGGCAGCAUGAAUGCCAGAGACCGAGCAACUCUUAUUUUUAAGUUGGCUGAUCUAAUGGAUGAGCACAAGGAGGAGUUGGCAACUAUUGAAACUAUUGACUCUGGAGCUGUGUACACCCUGGCACUGAAGACCCACGUAGGCAUGAGCAUUGACACUUGGCGGUACUUCGCAGGAUGGUGUGACAAGAUUCAAGGCAAAACCAUCCCAAUCAACAAUGCUCGACCCAACCGUAAUCUCACCAUAACAAAGAGAGAGCCAAUUGGUGUGUGUGGUCUAGUAACCCCCUGGAACUACCCUCUGAUGAUGUUGUCUUGGAAGAUGGCUGCUUGUCUUGCUGCUGGUAACACCGUAGUGAUCAAGCCUGCUCAGGUCUCCCCACUUACUGCACUAAAGUUUGCUGAACUUUCUGCCAGAGCUGGUAUUCCACCAGGUGUCAUCAAUGUCCUCCCUGGGACAGGCAGUGUUUGUGGUCAGGCCAUCGCUGAUCACCCAGACGUGCGCAAGCUAGGUUUUACAGGCAGUACAGAGAUUGGUCAGGUAAUCAUGAAGUCUUGUGCAGUGAGCAACUUGAAGAAAGUGUCCUUGGAGCUUGGAGGGAAAUCUCCUUUCAUCAUCUUCGCUGAUUGUGAUCUAGACAAAGCUGUUCGAAUGGGCAUGAGCAGUGUGUUCUUUAACAAGGGUGAGAACUGUAUUGCUGCAGGAAGGCUCUUUGUUGAAGAGUCCAUUCAUGACGAGUUUGUCAGACGGGUCAUUGAGGAAUGCAAGAAAAUGGUAAUUGGAGAUCCCUUGAAUCGUGGCACUGCCCAUGGACCACAGAACCACAAGGCUCACUUGGAUAAGUUGCUGGAGUAUAUUGACACGGGUGUGAAGGAGGGUGCCACACUGGUGUAUGGAGGCAAGAGGGUCGACCGACCAGGAUACUUCCUCCAUCCAACUGUGUUUACCAAUGUUCAAGAUGAUAUGUUUAUUGCAAAGGAGGAGAGCUUUGGUCCUAUCAUGAUCAUAUCUAAAUUUGCAAAUGGAGAAGUUGAAGAGGUGGUGGCCCGUGCCAACAAUACAGAGUUUGGUCUGGCUUCUGGAGUUAUGACAAAGGACAUCAGUAAAGCUCUACUUGUAUCUGAGAAGCUAGAUGCUGGCACAUGCUUUGUUAAUACAUACAAUAAAACAGAUGUUGCAGCACCAUUUGGAGGAUUUAAGCAAAGUGGCUUUGGAAAGGAUCUUGGAGAAGAGGCACUCAAUGAGUAUCUUAAAACUAAGACCAUUACCUUUGAAUAUUAGAUUUUAUGAUAAAACUUAAUUUAAAUGUUCAAGCAUACACAUUUUUUACCAGCAUAAUUUGUUGUAGAAAACUAGGGUUGGGGUUUGUAAUUGCAACAGGGAAGGGCUAGUGUAAAAUUUCUCAGAUGUUUUAUUGCAGAGUAAAACUUUUGACUCAAAUAUUGCACUGUAUUAAAAAGUAAUGAUUAUGAACUGUUACCUGUAGUGAGUGGUACUCAUAAUAAUAACAACGACAAUAAUGAAACUAUUUAUAUAAUACAGAGGAACAGCUCACAGUGGCUACUUUGCAGGUACAAUAUUUGUAUUCUUUCUAAGGUCUUCUAAUUACAGGCAACAUUUCCGGCAUAUUUUAAGAUGAAGCGUGGAUAGUGUUAAACUUUUGGGGGUGAUAUUUCAUUCUAUGAGAUGUAAGUCAACAUAUAUACUAUAUAAAAGAUUUUAUAUGUGAGUAAAAUGAGUUUCUUUUAAUGCUAUUA